CUUUAGGCAACAACAAACGAAAAUACAAUCAAUUGUAAAAUGGUUGUGUUAUCAAACAUCCUCUCUUGUAUUUAAAGGGAAGCCUAAUUUGCCUUCCGAGAAGUAUGUUUAAGUGUUUAAAUGUUUAAGCGAUAUCGUACCAUGUGUCAAUCCCUUAGUCAAAACAGUGAACACUGGUUUCCCAACAAUUGACUCAUACCAUUAUAUCGGUACUGCGCAUGACGAGAUUUACUCGAUAGGUGUAUAUAUAUUCUCUUUGGACUUCUAAUUAAAAAUACUAAGAUAAACCUAGUUUUUAUUUGUACAAUGGAGAUAGACAAGGUGGAAGUAAAGCUCGAUGAGGCCCAGCAAACCGCUGAUUUGACACGAAAGAUGUCUAGAGAUAUUUUGCAGAAUCUACAAGAGCUUAAUAAUCAACCUGGUACAUGUCCAUGUUCUGAUGAUUUACGAGAUGCACAAACAGCAUUAGCACAACUGAACUCCAGGGUCAAGCUUUUGAAUGAAACAAACCGAGAAAAAGAAGGACGUUUCACAGAGCUUCAAACACAACUAUGGGACCUCAGAAAUGCAUUCAACAAACUUCAAACGGACAUGCUAGAUCGAAGGGAGAAGACAACAAGUAAUCAGAACCACUGUCCUAAUCGUACAACAACAUCUGCAAGAGCGGAUAACACUGACAGUCAUUCAGAGGCACUUUAUACAACAUCCUAUCAAGAGUCGAAAAACUGCGGAGUGACACAACCUUCUAGCAACAGCAAAUCUUUACAGAAGGAGAAAAUCGAUGUCGAAACACCUGCAACAGGAAACGAAGCGUCAAGCGAUAAUCCACUAAGUUUCAAAGAUGAUGUAGUUCGCCAGCGUGUAAAAGCCUAUAAGUCCGGACUUCUCGAAUGGCAUUCAUUAGCAUUGCGCGAAGGCAAGUUUGAUAGCCGAACUGAUUCGAAUGGUAUUCGCAACGUCGUUCUCAUAGACAUUUCGGAGAGCAUAGUGAACGGUUGGACGCAAGUGAAAACCUUUUUCAAUGGUUUUCUGUCAGGUUUGGCGAGUUCAAUUGAAUUCGGAAUAAAUCAAGAGCGGGUUGCCAUAGCAACGUUUGGUCACGAGACAAAAGUACAGCAGAAACUAACAGGGGAUAUUGGAAAGCUUAAGUCUGCAUUUGAGAAGAUAUCGCUUGGAGGUCCAACACCCCUGGCUGCAGGAUUGCUGAUGUCCUUGGCCGCUGUCGGCUCCUUUGAACGAACGGGCAGUAUCGCAGUUGUGAAUGGAACUGAGCUUCAUUCAAGAAUCAUAAUUGUCACAGACGGUUGUUCAACAGAAACAGACCUUUAUAUGGGUCCCGAUGUGGCAGAUGAUUCCAAGUUAGAGGAGACAAAGCAGGGCAUCAUCUCUAUUUUGGAGCGAAUGAGAGGUCGAAAGUUAGAACUUUGUUUUGUCCCUGUUGGUAACGCAAACCAAGAAUUGAUAAACUUCAUGGCUGGCGUAGUUAAAGGCAAGAUUUACAAUCACCAGGACGGAAACAAAUUAGCAAGAAGAACGCUGGACACAGUGGUCAAAGGACAAUCGCUAGGUGGUGUUUUGCCAGGUUUAUUUGACGGAGAAAAUUUGGAGCAGAAAUUAAAAGAAAUGCAAGAGAAUUCGGAAAAGUUAAAGGAGUUGCUGAUGAACGCUCAAGACUCUCCAAAUCCGUACUCGGAGUCAACCGGGAGUAAUUUGCCCGCGCUUGGUUCCCGUGUUUCAAGAGGUCCUGACUGGAAUUAUAGCGAUGACCAAGAUAAAUGGAUGCCGGGAACCAUCGUGGGACAUACAAGUGAUGAUCAAGUUUGGGUAGACUGGGACGCGCCGAACACCGGGGUCGGAAAUUACAGAUACGGAUUGGGCGGGGCUUAUGAUGUCAUUAUAAUCGAUGAAGGUCGGACUCUUGAGGAUGGAGAAACUCUUGCUGUUGGAUGCAAAGUACGACCAGGAAUUGGAUUUAAGAAUAGUGCAACAAAUAUUGGAAGCCAAACAAUCGGGACUGUGCUGCGUAUCAAAUUGGACAGAGGGCAGCCAAAGGCUGUAGUACGUUGGGGAAGUGGGCAGAGGGGUGAAUACACGUAUAUUGCGCACGGCUCGACGCAACCGGAAGUCGAACUCGUGUCACAGUAAUACAAUAGUGAGUAUUCCAUACCUAGCACAAUGUAUUUCGCUAUUAGUUCAAACACUACGCUAAUUGCGGGGUUGUCCUAAAAUUCUCAAGUGAAAUGUGUUGCAAUGGUUGUUGUUUUAUUAGCGCUAGUUAGGAAUCAAAGCUUUAUGAUUAAAAAGUUAAAAAAAGUCAUGGAUAUGGUUGGAUUGUAAUGCCCAUACAAUAGUUUUAAUCAAGUUUAUAUUGUUAAGCGUACUUUCAUUUAUAUUUCUUAAUGCGCAUGUUUUGUAUUAAUUGAUCUAAGUUCGAAAUUCUGUGUCCAUUUCAAAAGAAACCGGGAGUCUUGUGCAAACAUAAUCUCCGAAUCUGUUAUACCAGUGUUUGUGCAUAAUGUCUCGGUCAAUGUCGAUUGUGAUGUUUAUUGCUUCAGUAAUUUUUGAGCUUAGCUGUGUUUUUUAUGUAAAAAGUUUGUAGGCUAAAGUCCUGUGAUGAAAUUUAUUUCAAUUGUAAUAAUCCAAUUAUGUUGCAACUUAGUGACAGGGUUUCCGGGCACAAUUUCUCGAUCAAAUUUAACUUACGAUGUAAAUCGAAUGAAUUACUCCAGAGUUAUGCCGCUUUUACCAAAAAGCUAGUAGAUAAGUGUUUUGUACAGACCAUAACUGAAGUAUUUAUUAUCAAAUGAUGAUCAAUCUUUGUGUCAGUACUUGUGUUGACCGUGAUGUAAAUAGCUUCAGUGACUCCAAAAAAAACGCCGUUUUUUGUUAAAUGAAGUUUUAUGUAUCGUGAGGACAAUAAUUUAAGUAUGCAUUUCCCUAUCCUAUGACUCUGUGUGACAUAUAUGUGAGCAUUCUGUUUCAGUUAAGUAAGAUCGUGGGGUAAAUAGAAUCAGUAACUCUCGAGUUAUGUUCAUUUUACUUAAACAAUGGUGGAUGCAUGUUUUGAACUUCAAACAGGUAACUCGGAUUUUUAGCUACGUUGUGUGAUUAUCUUCCCUUUUUUGUUAAGUUUGUGUAAAUAUUGUAAACUUUGAACAUAAGCAUUAAACCGGAGUUAUUAUUGAAUUGUUAUUGCACUUCUCUUUUCAGAUCUACCAGAUGGUAGUGUCAGAUUGUUUUGUGUCGAUGUCAUCAUUUUGGAACUGACCAAAGAAACUGUAAAUAGUUAAAAUUGUGUCUCUAUUAUCACACUUUUCAUGAAAUAAGUUGUGAUUGACAAUACGAAAUAUAACAUAAAGAUUUCAAUGCAAGCGUUUACACAUCAACACAUAUUAAAUCCCUCUUGUCAAUGUAACCAUACAAGCUGUCAACAGCUCGUCUGUUGUAUCGUUUUACAUCUUUGUAACAUUGGAAAGUACUGCUAUUAAAACGCGUUUGGCUUAUUUCAUUCGUUCUAAUUUUUGUGCUGGUCUACUUUCAAAUGAUUUAAAUAUUAUAUUUUCAUAAAAAGAUUCAUACAGAUUCUUAAGCAGUUUAUCUUACGUUUUAAUUUGUUGUUGUGUUGCUGUGUUACUGCUUUUUGUAAAUGAAAACGCAUUACAUUAUUAGUUUAUUUUACAUUGAAAUAAAAACAAAAACGGUUUAUUAAUUUA